ACUUGACUUUCGAAGCUCCUUAAAGCAAUGAAAGCAAAUUGCUCAGAGCAUUUGCGUUCACUGCUCGGUGGCUGACUCGUGCUGCGGCAUCCGCGGACAAAAUGCUGCGGAACUUGUGCUUAUUGUUGUUCUGUCUGCUGCCUGAUGCUUCCCAGGCGCAGGCUGAGACAACCGCCGAUGAGCUUCCCACCGUGUACGAGUACUUCACUGCGGGCGGCAUCCACUCCGCGCUGACCACCCUGCCCGACACCUUCCAGCUGAACGGCAGGAACAUCACCAUCUUCAGCGGGGCCAUCCACUACUUCCGCGUGCACCCGGGGCUGUGGAGGGACCGUCUGCGCAAGCUGAGGGCCGCCGGCUUCAACGCCGUCGAGACGUACAUACCGUGGAACCUGCAUGAGCCGCAGAUGGACCGCUACGACUUCGGAGACGGCGACGAAGACUUCUCGCCCUUCCUGAACGUGACGCGCUACGUCCAGAUCGCCCAGGAGGAGGACCUUCUGGUGGUCAUACGCUCCGGUCCCUUCAUCGCGGCCGAGUGGGACUACGGGGGCCUUCCCGCCUGGCUGCUGAGGAAACGCGACCUGCAGAUUAGGACGUGGGACCCCUUCUACAUCGAGCGCAUGCGCAAGUACUUCAACGUGCUGUUCCCCAAGUUGGCCGGCCUGCAGUUCGAGAAGGGCGGCGCCAUCAUCGCCUUCCAGAUCGAGAACGAGUACGCCUACGUGUCGGCCAAGAACUACACGUACCUGGAGGAGAUCAAGCGCCUGAUGGACUCCAACGGCAUCUCGGCGCUCAAGUUCACGACGGACACCCCCACCGUGUGCGGCAGGUGCGGCGGUCUGGAAGGAGUGAUGAUGACGGCCAACUUCGGCAGCGGCUACCAGACGCAGCUCAACAAGCUCAAGUCCCUGCAGCCAGACAAGCCCUGCUGGGUCAUGGAGUUCUGGACCGGCUGGUUCGACCAGUGGUUCGAAGCCCACCACACCAGGACCACGGCUGAUUACCUGGAAACGCUAGAGGGAAUCCUCAAGUUUCCGUCGUCUGUGAACCUGUACAUGUUCCACGGGGGCACGAACUUCGGGUUCAUGAAUGGCGCUACCACGAAGAGCUCCUAUCCAACUCUGGCUACCAUGGUGACGAGCUAUGACUACGACGCGCCCCUGUCGGAGGCGGGCGACUACACCUCCAAGUACAACGCCACGAUAGCCGUGAUCCAGAAGUACGACCCCGUCAAGACGAGGCGGCCCGAGAUGCCCCGGCAGAGCGUCAAGGAGAGGUACCCCGACACGGCGAUCUCCGGGCUGCUGACCCUGGACCAGCUGGUCGCCCAAGUGGACUCCUCCCUCUGGGUCAGGUCCAAGGAGGUGAUGGCCUUGGAGCUGCUCGACAUCAACAACGGCAGCGGCCAGACCGGGGGCUUCGCCGUGUACCGCAGGAGCGGACUCGUCGUCCCGGCGUCGCCCGUGCUGAAGAUCCAGGGUCGCGUGCACGACCUCGCGGUGGUCAUGGUGGACGGCGUGCGGAAGACUGCGCCGCUGACGUCACGGGAGCAGACCAAGGGCUUCGGCUACUGGGAGUCCAGCGACCAGGAGCUGAGGCUGGACUCCUCCAGCGCCGGGGGGAACCGCACCCUGGACAUCCUGGUGGAGGGCCUGGGACACGGGGGCAGGAAGGGCCUGUACGACGGCCCAGUGCUGCUCAGCGGCGCAGCCAUACAGGACUGGGAGAUCAUUCCCCUCGAGUUCAAGCGGAGCUGGGCCUCCAAGCUGCAGGGGUGGCUGCCGGCGGGAACAGGAGCGCCAGGCCCGGCCCUGCACAGGGCCAUACUCGAGGUCGCCGGCCAGCCCCGAGACACCUUCCUCGACAUGACGUCCUGGGGCAAGGGCGUGGUGCUCGUCAACAGCUUCAACGUGGGCCGCUACUUCAGCGCCGGACCGCAGCGCACGUGCUACGUGCCGGCGCCGCUGCUCCGCGCCGGGCGCAACGAGAUUCUGAUAUUCGAGCUCUACACUCCGCAGAAGACAAUCAGGUUUUCCGAUGUUCCAAAACUCUAGGAACACCAUUCGUGCACCAGAUUACCAAGAUAACGAGAAUUUUUACACAUUGUUACGAUUCCCUUGCAGCAUUCAAUAAAUGCACCCUUAUUAAACUGUCCUACCACUGUGUUCAAGACAGUGUUUCAAGUCAUGAGUUCCGGUUGUGUACUUAGCAUUCUGUGUAGAAAAUAAAUAGAAUAUUAUAUUGCAUGAA